GAAGAAUCGUCUGUCACGGCGCGGCUUUUCUGACGUCCACUUGUCACUUUACACGCGGCUCACGUUGAGAAAAUUAAAUUCUGCGUUUUUUGCACAAUUCCUAGCUUCUUGUGAACCAUCUGAGCAUAUCCGGAAGGGUUUCCUGCAGAGAACACAGACGAUUUAAUUCAGAGAUUUAAUUAAAAUGGCACCGAAGAAAGUCGAAGAGGUGGAAAAGAAACCCCUAAUUGGGCGUGUUGGUACAAAUUUGCGAGUUGGAAUUGUUGGUGUGCCAAAUGUUGGUAAAUCAACCUUCUUCAAUGUUCUCACCAAGAGUGCAGCUCCAGCGGAAAAUUUUCCCUUCUGCACCAUCGAUCCCAAUGAGAGCAGAGUUCCUGUCCCAGAUGCUCGCUUUGACUAUCUCUGUGAAUACCACAAGCCGGCCAGCAAAGUGCCCGCCUAUCUCAAUGUUGUCGACAUUGCUGGACUGGUGAAGGGUGCUGCCGAAGGGCAGGGACUCGGCAAUGCAUUUCUCUCCCAUAUUAGUGCUUGUGAUGCCAUAUUCCACAUGUGCAGAGCAUUUGAUGAUGAAAAUGUAACUCACGUUGAGGGGGAGGUCAAUCCGGUGAGGGAUUUGGACAUCAUCUCCGAAGAGCUCCGCCUCAAGGAUGUGGAGAAGUUGAAUAAGGAUUUGGAGAAGCUUGAACGGAGUGUAGUCCGGGGGAAUGAUAAGAAGCUCAAACCGGAAUAUGAUGCCCUUCUGAAGAUCAAGAAUGUGCUGUGUGAAGAAAAGAAGCACCUUCGAUUUGCCGAUUGGACAGCUCAUGAUAUUGAGGUUCUAAACAAGUACCUCUUCCUUACUUCCAAACCAAUUGUCUACUUGGUGAAUUUGUCCGAGAAGGACUUUAUACGGAAGAAGAAUAAGUGGUUAGUCAAAAUCAAGGAGUGGGUUGAUAAAAAUGAUCCAGGAGCUGCGAUAAUUCCCCUUUCGGGAGUUUUUGAGAAUAAAUGGGCUGAAUUUGAAACUGAUGCCGAACGUGAGGCUUAUGCUGAAGAACAAAAAGCCCGAAGUAUACUGGAUAAGAUCAUCCUAACUGGCUACAAAGCCUUGCAAUUGGAAUAUUUCUUCACAGCUGGUCCCGAUGAAGUUAAAGCAUGGACUGUUCAGAAAGGAACUAAAGCCCCACAGGCUGCUGGAAGAAUUCACACAGAUUUUGAAAAGGGCUUUAUUAUGGCGGAAGUAAUGCAUUUUGUGGAUUUCAAAGAGGAAGGAAGUGAGAGCGCCGCUAAAGCUGCCGGAAAGUAUAGACAACAGGGUAGAAAUUACGUUGUUGAGGAUGGUGAUAUAAUUUUCUUCAAAUUCAACGCUGGUGCUGGACUUAAGGAUGCCAAGAAAAAGUGAUUAAUCGUCUUCUGCAUCAUCAUACUCACACUUCUCUACACAAACAUGAUUUUUUACUCUCAAUCCUUUACACAUCAGCAGUUGUAAAAAUAAAUUGAAUACAAAAUAUAAUAAUUAAUUCAGUAAAGAACAGAA